AAUAUGAAAAUAUUUAUUUCAGAAUAACAAAUGCCCUACAUAAAUAUGAAAUGAAUCCAGAAUAUGCUCCAAUAAUUGAAAUAAAUAGAUUUGAAACGAAGGAUAAAGCAACAUACCUUAACAUCUUAGAAAAUUG